AUGGUUGACAUAUUUCAACCUGCCGUUUCUCCUCCAGGGCUUUCUGAAGAAGCUGCAAGGUCAGAUAGUGCUUCUUCUGGGGUGAAUGGGGACAGAACUGCAAUUCCUAGAGAUAGUAAUGGCAACGGCACUGGUAAACCAAGAAGGAAAGUUAGCAGAGCUUGCGAUAGUUGCAGGAAAAAGAAGAUUAAAUGUUCUGGAACAUUGCCUUGCAAAUCGUGCGAGACAUAUGGCUGUGAAUGUGUUUAUUCUCAUGCUCCGUAUGGGGUCGCAAAGGGCAAGAAAAAAACUGCCAAGAGUGAUUCAUCUGCUUUCACAAAGGAAAAAUUAUCGGUACAGUCUAUACCAAAUAGUACAGUAGCUAUUUUGAAUCCCGAAAUAGAUGGGAACUCCUACGCACCUUCUAGAACAGGUUUUAGUGAGGCUACAAUUACUGGAGUACAGAGUCAUUUACACUCAUCGAGAUCAUCAUUUGGGAGAGAUUCUAGUUCGGGUCCUAGUGCCACCGGGUCCAUGUCAGUGACACAGACGAGUCACCCUGUUGGGUUUUCAUGUCCAAGACGCUUUGAUCCUGUGAAAGAUGAUGCCUCAACGAAUAUCAACGAUCCAUCUAGUGAUGACAUCAAUCGAUACCCAAUUUUAUACAUUUCUAAUGCGGAAAUAGAGUCACGAAUUGCAAAGUUGAAAGAAUGUGUAUCGAGUCUACGAAGAAAUGAUGGGCCACAAUCUGAAUCCAUAAUGUAUGCUAUCAAAAACAUCGAGUUUGAAAUCCAGACUUUAAAUAAUAAAUUGGCACGGCCUUGUAUCAACCAUGAACUCACCAGUAAUCCAGAAUUGAACAGAGAUAAAUCUGUUUGCUUUGAGGCUAAAUUGAUGAAAAAUCAUGAAAGUAACUAUGUCAGUUUGAAUCGAUACGUCAAGAUCAAUACCAAUAAACUCGAAGAGUAUUUGCAAAAGCCUCCAAUGGUAGAUGUUAAACAUGGAUUAUAUUUCCCAGGUCAGUGGUUAUCAUUAAGAGGUGUUGGUUAUUUCGUGAAAGAUUUUAUGAAACAUGCCAAGUGCAAUAUAAAAGAGUUAAAGGAAAACAUAUAUCUCAUUCUACGGCAAUUUGAUAUAAUGUCUGCUGUGGAAAUCAAAAAUGCUGAAUGUUGGGGAGCUCCUGUUGAACUUUAUUGUCAGAAUUUUUCUGUUAAAGUACGAAAAGAUGAAAGAGUACAGCAUUUGCUGCGUAAAAUACCCGCUUCCUUAUUGAAUAAGGUGAUUGCUACCAAAUCGGAAUUUAAACUGGAAAACUGGAAUCAUAUCAUUAAUAAUACUUCUGAAACAUCGGUAUCGUCUGCUACCGAUGCUUUCCAUUGGAUCAUUGCUAUAAUGGAAGUGAAUAAGAAUGAGUAUCAAAAAUUAAGCAAGCAUCAUAAACUUUCCGCUCAACAAAGGGGUGAUGAUAUUAUCACGGAAACCCUAUUUUUUAUUGAAGCUGAGGAGCUUCUGUUCACUUUGGGCCUUCACUUCUUUAAGCAAAUCAGUAUUGCGAGGGUACAUUCGGAGCCUCUUACAUUUUUAGAUGAUCUAUUAGAUUUUGUCAUGAAUAUCUUUUGGAUUGAUGGUCAUCAAAUAUUUACGUGCCUCUUGUCAUCUGCAAUUCAAACUAUGCGAUUGUGUGGUAUGGACCACUGGGAGACGUAUCUAGUUAUGGAUGAACGUAUGGCAGAUAGCAGAAGGAAUCUUUGGUGGAAAGCGUUCAUUUGGGAUCAAUAUUCUGUUUUCAUUACAGGGUCGAGGCCAGUAUUUAGCACUGUUGAUAUUCAGGGUCCACUAUUCCCUGGAUUUAUGAGAAAGAUGAAAUUUAUUGAUCAUCAAGAUUUAAUGGCAAACUUUGAUGAACAAUUUAAUUUGGAGAAUGUUGACUUUUCUAGCUCUGAUCUCACUCGACGUGAAACGAUUGCUUUUGUAAUAUUUUUGUCUUGCUUUUUCGCUCAUCAGUUUCAAUGCAAAAUUGUGUUCAGCGAUCGCUUUUCUAAUUUUCGAAUCUUCGCAUUGAGUAAAUCGGAAAAGAUCAAGAUGGCAGAGGAGGUCUUAUCAGAGUUGCGUAUUUACAAGCAUCGUCUCGACAUUUUGAAUGAAGGUUUUAAAAGAUAUCUUGAGAGUGGACUUAAAAAGGUGGAUCCCAAGGAGAAUUCAGAUUUGGAAGAUCCGGGAAUAUUUUGGUAUGAGAUAACUAGGGAGGUUUCUUUAACAUUUUGCGUGGUAUCAAGUGUACAUAUCAUCGCGCGACUCAACCCAUCACCAGAAGUAGUCAGUAUCAGCCAAGAAAUGAAAAAAUUCAGAAAGAACAUCGGUGUCUCAUGGAAGAUUACUAUGCAAUAUCUCGAACAAAAUAACAGUCUCUACGACCUCUUUUUCAUGUCAAAACUUGUCGCGCUAGUUGCAGUAUCGUAUGUUGGUGAGAACAUAGCCUACUUCAAACAUGCCUCGUUCGAUGAUGUUUGCUCUUUUGUAAAAAUUUGCAGAUUCUUCGAUUAUUCUGGUAUAAACUGUGGUUCGGUUGAGAACACUAGAAUACAAAGAACUUUGUUACAAAUUCAAUUCUUACUUAAGAUCUUAGUUAGAUGUGUGGUUUCAGUGCAUGUGCAAUCGCAUAAAAAGACCAUCGAGAAUUUGUUACAGCAGCUAGCCUCUUCGAAAUACCCGGAAUAUCAAGAAACAAUUGUUAAAUUAUUUGACCCGACCUUCAACUACUUUUCUCCGACCUUGAAUGCUCUCAAAGAGAGUGAGCUACAUCUACAAAUCAAAUCUUGGUUAACAGAAACCCUAUAUGGUUCUGUUCUUUCCCUUCCGAAUAAUCUGUUUUUUGACGAUAUUUUUCCAACUUACACUCCUUCCGCUGGCUCCUCUGUUGCAGAUCAAAGAGAUAUUCCACCUAAUUAUUUUACCGAAGCAGUUGAUACGGUCAAUGGUACGGUGAUAGCGAAUAAAAAUCCUCAUUUCUCAUCAACGGAGCGGUACAAUGGAAAUAAUGAGCUGAAAAAUGGUUUAGAUUCAAGUGACAAAACAGAAGGGUUUCAAAAUCCAGUCUCUUCUGCGUCACCAUCGAAACUUUCAGAACCCUCGAAUCAUAUCGAUCAAGGAACUACCUUCAACUUGGGGACAAUUUAUGACUUCGCUGACCAUGGUGAUUUCGAUCGAUUGUUUUCCUUUAUAUGGGAUGAUUUUGUUGGAGCCCCAGUUUCUUCCACUGAGAAGGAAUAG